AUGACUGAGGUUGCAAUUCAUCCCAGAGUUGCCUUACUUCGUGGAUAUCCCAAGCAAAGGAAAGGGUCGAGCCAACAGCCCUAUUCUGCCGGACUGUCCAAGCAUAUCGACUCUGUCAAACUCAACCGGAAAGUUCCAAACGUUGUUACUGAAUGGGCACAGACCCCUCGACUUUACAAACCGGCUAAACAGGAGAAAGAAUAUGACUUUACUCCUCCUUUUCGUCGGAAUAUUACAGAUUUUCAGGACCUGGAUAUUUCUACUUACCCAUCACCUUAUGAUAUCGAAGACACGGAACCUUCCGUCUUAGAUCAUGGAGCUAGUGAUACGCCGGCAAACGAGGACGAUACUCCUGCAGAUUCAAAGACCGAAAAUUACCUUCGAUCUCCAUCAUUCAUGCGUUCUCCAGAGGCAUGCCAGUCAUACGACAGAAAGUUUCUAAGCGAGUUCAUCAACCUUUGCACUGGCCAUGACACCUCCAGUGAAUACCCUCGUGGUCACCAAUAUGCCGACAGAAGUCAGGAUAAUGCACCAGUAACGCGACCUUCGUCGAGACUCGGAUUCAAUAGGGAGCAAUCAAGCGCGCUUGACUGCCUGCAGCACAUUGCAGCCAAGAUUGACGAAGAAAAACGAAGGGCAAUUUUGGGGAAGAGCCACCGUUAUAGACGAGAGGCGCUUGUAUACGGCGAAGACGACGAACAAGAUAUCACUGACUUAGGACUAACCUACUCCGACGAGGACGAAGAAGAGGACGUCAGACUGCUGUUUGCAAAAACAAUUAACAGUCUCGACUCUGUGAAUUACACUCCCUCACCCGGGACCACAUACGAUACUAUCCAAACCAUGAAGAGAUUCUGUGGUGGCACACGAUCUUACGGAAAGGAUGGUCCAUAUCCAUUGUCACCCAUUAAGCGAGAUACGUGA